UUUCAUUCCCUCGGUUGGUCUUUGUCUCUAUUCCUUGUUUGACAACUUUUUUAAGCCUCACGUCUUUCGGGUGAAUUUUAGUUUUGAAUGCCUUUAGCGGCUACCUGGAUUUUAACCACGUUGCUUUCCCAUCGCUGUAGAACCUCACUCUUCAGCCCGAGUCCCCGGGUUCUGAACAGGAGUCGCGGGGCUGCGGCGCAAGUCUCGCGAGAAGUCGACUGUCUCUCGCGUUAUUUCCCAGUUUCCAGAAUCCUUAGCGCGAGGCGGAAAAAUACUCAUUUAUCUCAGCUUCUGUUUAGGAGUGCAUAUUUCACUGCGGCUUCUUCCGUCGGCUUCCGUGUUGCUGUCUCUCUGAGUGAAAUGGCGGCCCCGGAGCAGCCGCUGCCCAUGUCGAGAGGAUGCCAGAGCUCUGUUGCGCUGUCUCCGCCGCGGGGCGACCGAACCCUCCUCGUGAGGCACCUGCCAGCCGAGCUGACCGCUGAGGAGAAGGAGGACUUGCUCAAGUAUUUUGGAGCUCAGUCUGUGCGCGUCCUGUCAGAUAAGGGGCGGCUGGACAAAGUUAUCAACUUUUUUACUCUUUUGUUCUUCCAACUGAAGGCAUUGACAAGACUCCAUCAGCUGAAACUUUUAGGUCAUACUUUAGUUGUUGAAUUUGCAAAAGAGCAAGAUCGAGUUCCUUCACCGUGUCCCCCUUCAAGCACUGACAAAAAGAAGAGGUCAGAUGACCCAGUGGAAGAUGAUAAAGAAAAGAAAGAACUUGGUUGUUUAACUAUAGAAAAUGGAAUUGCACCAAACCAUGGGCUGAGUUUUCCUCUAAAUUCAUGCCUCAAGUAUAUGUACCCACCACCUUCAAGCACAAUCCUAGCAAACAUAGUAAAUACUUUGGCAAGUGUACCUAAGUUCUAUGUACAGGUGCUUCAUCUUAUGAAUAAAAUGAAUUUGCCCACACCUUUUGGACCAAUUACUGCACGACCUCCUAUGUAUGAAGACUAUAUGCCAUUGCAUGCACCUCUUCCACCUGCAUCUCCUCAGCCACCAGAGGAACCUCCUUUGCCAGAUGAGGAUGAGGAAUUAUCUAGUAAAGAAUCAGAAUAUGAAAGCAGUGAUGAUGAAGACCGACAGAG